AUGCUUUCCCCAGAAGAAGCGCAAGAGGCAACGAAAUUGUUGUCGGGUGUUCUGUUGAAUAAGGUAAACGAAAGUAAACUUUCGAUGAAGAACUUUGUCGAGAAAUCGUCAAAGGAACUUCAAGAUCUUCAGCAAGAGUGUGAUUUAAUCCGCAAGAAGAUCUCGGGCAACAAUGCGGGCGUGCAAUUCUCGGAUAGUUGUUCAGCGGGUGCUCGACCGAUUGUAUUUUCGAUUAUAAUGGCUCAAGCGCCCACCCAAGUGACGGUGAUCACCACUCAGCCAACGACAGCUUUUGUUCAACUCGGCAAAGAUCCGUGCAAUAUUGUGUGCCCGAAUUGUCACAAAUGUCCGGAUACAAGGAUACCAAAUUCACUGCUUAUGUUCCCCGAUAUUAUGCUGGCGUCGUUUACGAUCGCUUUCGAUAAUGACCGAAUUGUG